AUGGUUCUACGCAAGUAUCUGUACCUCUUUCAUAUCGCAUGGGUACUGACCUCCUGGGUUCAGACGGUUGGACACCUCGACUCUACGGCCGACCUCCACUGCCAUCCGAUGUGGGCUCAUUUUCAGUCGUAUGCGCGCUGCGUGGAGGAGAUCACCAUCUUCCUGCCCGAAAUUAAAGCAGCUGCGGUGUCCGUCUGGAAUGAAGUGGAAGCACUGUUAGGUAGCGACGAAGCGCUCCUUCCCUGCCUUCGUCAAGUCAUCCUCGACAACCGUGAUAAUCUGAGGAGUACUUUCGACCCGCUGGACUAUGGCCAGUUCGCACUACUCUCACCAAGUGUCCGCCACGUAACGUUUGAAGCCACCUAUGGAAUAGAAGGGGACACCUGCAUUAGCGACGCUCUCCUCACUCGCUGCCCCGACUGGGAAGGCAUCACUGUCAAGCAUAGGGCAUGGACCCUAUUUCGUUGCCUCGAUGUCUCCAAGCCCACACGACUUCGGAAUCUCGAGUGCUGCGAGUGGGUGGAACUGGGCGUCAGCAAUUUGACACAUUUGGCAACAUGGUCCGCACUCGAAUCGCUUUCCUUCACCCUGUUCCACUUCGACCCUAACAGUAUCUACGCCCCACCGUCCUUCUCCCUCCCGAAUCUCACGUCGCUCACGAUGAACGAUCCGUACAAGUACGCGACCCUCUUCGUCAACCUCAUGCAGCUCCCUUCUCUCAGGACCCUUUCCUACGUCUUGUACACCACGGGAAGCGACCCCAACACCCCCCUCGACGCCGUCAUCGCAGCCUACCCCGACCUCACCACGCUCACGCUCACGCUCCUGCGCUCUGGACGAAGUUACAAACGCACUCCCCGUCCACGGCCGUGCGUGCACCUCUCGCACCUCCUCGCGCCCCUCGCGCCGCUCCGGCACCUACGCGCGCUGCAUAUCGCAGUCCCGGAUCACCCCUUCGGCUACAGCGCCGCCGACCUCCGGACGAUCGCGAACGCGUGGCCCGCGCUCGUCGAGCUGCGCGUCGAGAUCGAAGACGAUGACGAAGAGGUGGAGAGCGAGGACGAAGCCAAGCCGGGGCUGGAGGUGCUUGCGGAGCUCGCGCGCGGGUGCCCCGAUCUCCGUGUGCUGCACCUCCCGCGGACGGUGCUGGUUCCGGGGGCGUUGGACGCCGCGGGGGUGGGAUUGGCCGCGCACUGCGCCCUUCAUGACCUCUUUCUGGGGGUGAUUGAGGUGCGCAGAUAUCGGGGCGACGGAGAGCAGGCGGAGCGGGAGGUCCGCGCGUUCGUUAAGACGCUGUUCCCAAAUGCUGAGCGUCGGGUCGAGGUGAAGGAGGUCUGCUGUUUUGCUGUUGUAUGA